ACUAUCAAUUCCACCACAUAUAUAAAUAGCAGAAGUUAUCCAGUCAAAGAGAGAUUGAAUACCACAGACCAUACUAACCGAGUCCCGACACUGCCCCCCUCAUCCCAUCUACCGGGGUCUCUCUUUCCUCCGUAAUAAAACCAUCCCUCCUCCCAUCUCACCAUCUAAUCUGCCCCUCCUGUUUUCUCUCUCUGGCCUCUUUUUCUCCGCUUCCCUUCUUGGCCUGCAUACACCUACCCAUCUACCCACCCUCCUACAUCCUUCGAUACACACACAACGGAGCACCAAAACAUCCUUAUCGUCGUUCCCAUUAUCAGUAUGUCAGGCUCCUACAAUAACAACAACUACUACCCUCCCUACGGAGGCGCUCCCCCGCAGCCCGGCUCCGGCCAGGACUACUACGGUGGAGGCCACCCUCAACCCGGAUACGGUGCUCCCCCGGCCCAUGAUCCGUACGGACAUCACCAACAACAACCUCAAGGAGGUCACUAUCCGCCCUCGCCCUACGACCAGCACUCCAACCCCCAGUACUCGGGAGCGCCCCCGCCGCAGUACUCCUACGGCGGUUCUCCCGCCCCGCAUCAGGGCGGCUACCCCGGACAGGGCUAUCCCCAGGAUCGCGGUGCCGGCCACUCGCCGUACCCCCCGCCGAUCAACAUGGCGGCGCCGCCUCGGCCCGUCGGACCCGAGGGCGAGAGGGGUCUAGGCUCUACCAUCUUGGGCGCUGCCGGUGGUGGCUUCGUCGGUCAUAAGAUGGGAGGUGGCAUGUUGGGUACGGCUGGGGGUGCCUUGGCGGGUGCCGUGGGGAUGAAUGCGGCUACGAAGCACCACAAGAAGCAUAAGAAGCACAAGAAGGAAAAGAAGUACAAGAAGCACAAGAAGAGCGGGUCCAGCUCUAGCUCUAGCUCCAGCUCCAGCGAUAGUGACUAGUUUCGUACCUGGCUUGGUGGAACGCCAGAGUGAAGACGCUGCGAACCCUCUUCGGAAGAACUCCUCACUGCUAGCUUUGAUAUCCUUUUUUAAACAAAGACACUUACUGUGAUGGCAUUCCAGUAGAAUAAGUACCCGAUUAACUCACACGCAUCUCCUGUAUUUCGUAUAAUUAAAUCAGCUACAUGCGGA